CAACGACCCUUGCGCACGCACGUCGACAUGGCGAAGGAAGACGUCAUGAAAGCUGGCCUCUACUGCAUCAACGUGGUCUUCGCAGUCUUCGGACUCGUGACCGCAGCAGUCGGAAUUUGGUUCUUCGUGCAACUGGCCGAGUUCGUUGGCCUCAGGAACAGCAACCAUUACUUAUUGGACUACCGUGUCUACUGGCCUCAAGUGGCGCCAUGGCUCUUCAUCCUACUAGGCGUCUGCAUCAUGUUUGUCGCAUUCUGUGGAUGGUGCGGUGCCAGUAAGGAGAGCAGAGGAUUGCUCGGAAUAUACGGUGUGGUUAUGCUAGUUAUAGUGCUACUUCAAAUAAUAUCUGCAGUGCUGAUUUUCGUGUUUGUUGACGGAGAAUACACGGACAGGUUCAUCAAGGAUACAGUGUACGAUGGCUACUACAAUUCCCAGUCGAAUCCCGAUGUCUACCGCCAGUUUGGCAGGAUUGAGAGGAAGCUGAAGUGCUGCGGUGCUAACGACGCGAGAGACUACAGGAGUUGGAGAAACGAUUUACCCCUGACUUGUUGCGCUGACAGCUACUACAGGGCGACUUGCGAGUUCACUGACAAAGAAGCGAACGAGAGAUUGGGAUGCGCUAAAGUCGCCGCUGUUUACACGAAGAUCAUCAGCUCUUCCAUCGCCGGAGCAUCGCUUCUGAUCGCCAUUAUUGAAAUUACUGGUGUAGUGAUUGCGUGGAAACUGUUCCAUUCGUUACGGGAGGUGGAGCACUACAUCACUGAACGGAAGGAGGGAGAAACGGAGUGCUAGGUCGUAAGUGAACCAGUAUUACUAUACAGUCACAAUAUUCGAUGUCCCGCCAUAUCUUUUAACGAUCCGAAACGAUUUGCCUGAAGUAACUUAGCCUGUAGUUGAGUGGUCUCCAUGGCGCCUCUCGCUUUUAUGAAAAGUUUGCCUCUUUUGUUUAGGGAUGAUCAAACUUUGAAUACGAUAAAUUAAGACUUUAUACAUUCCUCUGUUGCCUGUUGUCACUGAAACUUUUUUAAAUUAUAUUAUUAUUGUGUAACUUUUAGAAAAUCCCAUCGUAUAGUAACUUAGUUGUAAGACUCAGUUUAGUGACAACAGGUAUUCUAUUAGACGCAUUCUUAGCAUAAGUAGAAUCUCUAAUGAAUGGUUAUCUCAGAAUUCUUAAUAUUGUAUGUAAUAAGAGCUUUAUUGUACGUAGCAUUAAAUACAGAAUACUUUGAUAGCAUGACAUCAGUGGGCAGGUAUUUAGUGCGCCGUUAAGCUGCUGUGGUGCUUAUGAUCUGUGGCAUAAGUGUGGAUAUUGUGUGAAAUUGUUAUGUGUAUUUAAUUGACCAGAAGUGCCACUCCCAGGGUCAGGAGUUAAGAAGGAUUUGAGUGGGUUCAAUCACUCGCAUCCUCCGGACCCUGGAUUUUAAUGAGGUUCAAUUGGCCCUCUACCUCGGCGACUGUUAACUUGUGUUACGUGUACGUACAUCGACCGCUGGUUUCGCAACCUAACGAAGUCGUUUGCGCAAACGAGAAGCCAUGGACGUCGAUAAUGCCGCGUUUUGACACGGCUCGGCGGGGAUCGGCCGAGGCUGAGGAAAUUAAUGGAUGGAUCGAGGCACCGAUCUCUGCGAAGAUUUUGUUAUUGAUUUUAAUAACCUUUGGCUGCCUUCGAUCUUACGUCAUCUGAGAAUAUAGAAUUUUCACCGAAAACUCGUUUUUUGUUUACGCCGUUUAAACGCUUCCACGAACUCAUUGUUGCUUUGUGUUUGUCAAUACAUUUCGUGUAUUCUUUGUAUUACUGAAUUCUGAAUGCAGAUUUUGUAAACUUAUGAAUGGAAAAUUGAAAACCCUUUUCUUGCAAUAGUAAAAGUUGAGUCACCGCCAAUUGAGUCACAUAGUAGAUGGUUAUAUCACUUUCUACGCGCUGCGGCCGCACAGAUCUCUCUAUGAAAGGUUUGAGAAAAAUGUGACCUCUUUGGUUCUAUUGGCAAAGCGCGAGUACUUUUUUUGAGGCCAGCUUACGUAACCAACAGGCCGUGUCAUAGCGUUGGCCAAUACUCUGUUUGGAUACGCUCCAUUGCCACAUCUAUAUGUUAAUUUUUACGUAACAUAUAAAUAUACUAUGUUACCGACAUACUUAAUGUGAAAAAAACCUUAUAUAAUGUAUUAGAAAUCUCUUUUGGAAUGCUCGUCUGUGUAUGUAUAUUUUUGUUAAAAAGUCUGUAUGUAAAAAUGAUUUGUUUUAGUAUAUUUUUUUCGUCUUUAACUAUGCUUCCGUCCAUAAUAAUGAAUAG